AUGCCCCCCACCAACCCACCCAUCACCAUAACGAAUCCCUUCAUCCCGCCCGGCUCACUAAUCCUCGCAACGGGCGCCAACGGCCUGAUCGCCUCCCACGUAGUCGACCAGUUCCUGUCCGCCGGGUACCUGGUGCGGGGCACCGUCCGGUCGGCCUCACGAUGCAGCUACCUCAGCAGCUUGUUCGCGGCGCGGCACGGGCCGGGCCGGUUCGAGCUGUUCGAGGUGCCCGACAAGACUGCGCCAGGAGCAUGGGACGAGGCGAUGCGCGGGGUAUCCGGCAUCGCACACACCAUUGGCAUGGUUGAUUUUGACGUGCCGGAUGCUGAUGCGGCCGCGGAGGAGGAGCUGCGGUGGCAGGUUCGGUUUCUUGAGGCUGCUGCGAGGCAGGAGACGGUCCGGGCCGUGGCGUGGAACUCGACUGCCUGGGCUGCAUGGACGCCGAAUGCGGUGCGCAAGGUUACGCUCACCGUGGAGAGUUGGAAUGAGGAGGCUGUGCAGCUCGCGAGGGAUAAGACGGUUGAUAGCGCUAGCAAGGGGUUGGCGGGGUUCAUGGCGGCGAAGACGAUUCUUGAGAAGAGAAUCUGGGAGUGGGUGAAUGAGACGAAGCCGCGGUUUGCGUUCAAUGCGGUGCUGUUGAAUGCCGUCUUGGGAGAGUGUCUGGACCCGGUGAAUCAGGGGUUCCCGUCUUCGGCAGGGAUGGUUCAUAAUGUGUGGAAAAACCGGAAUGUUGACGUGCUCAACAUGGUGCCACCGCAAUGGUUUGUGGAUUGCCGCGAUGCCGGGAGGCUGCAUGUGGCGCUGCUGGGGACCUCACCGGUGGUUGACAGAGAGCGAAUUUUCGGGUUCGGGCAUCGAUACAGCUGGUUCAGGGUCGCCGAGAUCCUCAAGGAGCUCUAUCCAGAGCAUGCCAACAAGAUGGCCAAGGUGAAAGACCUGGGAUGGGAUCAGACCGAGGUACCCAACCAGAGGGGCGCUGAGCUGCUCGCGCGGAUGGGCCAGCACUCGGGUUGGCGGACAUUGGAGGAGAGCAUCGCCGAGAAUGGGCGAAGCUUUCCCGAGCUUGUAGACUGA